AGUUAAAAGUUUAUAGCCGUAUUGAUGAUUCAAGUAUAAUAGACGUAUUGUACGUGCUAAGUAGCGCAAACGUACGAACACUGCCAUACCCUUACUACUAUAGACAGGGAGAACAAUGGCUCCCGCGGUCACCCUAGUGCGCUUGUUGUGUGGAUCAAUCCUCCUGAUUGGUAUGACCACAGGUCAAGCAGCACCUCAGCCGUCCGGCUUCACUAGAGUUCCUAAUAACAUCAUCAGAGCCUUAAUACAAGCUUUGACUCGGCAAACGAGUGUUCCAACAGUAACACGAUCAGUCAACCCUGCGGAUCAAACUCGAUCACUAACACCAAUUAUAGUCGGUUCCCAAAGGAUCGGAGAUGUCACCAGAAGAACCCGAAACCCCUUGAUAACUUCCAGAAGGGCGGACACUACCCGAGUACUACCGAUAGAUGAAAUCAUCGAAAGAGCUGAGUCGACUUCUGCAACAAUCCGCCGUGAAGAUCAGCGACAGCUAACAGGACAAGGAAGUCUUGUAAUUGAGGGUGACAUAGUUCUGGAUCAGUGGGAAUUGACAGAUAUGGACAAACAAAUACGCCUGGACCGAUUAGAAGAGCAGCUGAUGAUAAACCUACCUGAAGCUCGUAAGAAUGACAUGGCCUUCCGAGACAGACUCCGUGCCAGGCUAGAAAGAAGGGAAACCACAUCUCCCGUACGACAGAAGCGAGCAGCGACGCGGAGCAGUAGGAGAAGGUGGCCAAACGCAUUAGUGAAUGUACGAAUUGCUAGCUCCGGAUUUACCAGAGCACAAAAGAACAGAAUAGCUGAGUCUAUGAACGAGAUCUCAGAAAAAACCUGCAUCUGUUUCAACAUUAUCAGCAGAGCUCAGGCACUUGACCGAGUCCCUCAUGUGCGAAUUAGAAAUGGAAAUGGAUGCCGAUCUCGUGUUGGAAGAAACCUACGUAAUCAGGGCGGCACCAGGUCUCAGGAUCUCACUUUGGCACCGAGGUGCAGAAUAACACGUAUUGCUACACACGAGUUCCUUCAUGUGAUCGGUCUUUUUCAUGAGCAAUCUAGACCAGACAGAUCACAAUUUGUCAACAUCUUCAUGAGGAACGUGGAACCGGGCAAACGUGGAAAUUUCAGGCGACUCAGCAGAUUAACUGUUGACUCCAGGGGGCUCCCAUACGACUAUCGAAGCAUUAUGCACUACAGCAACAGGGCCUUUAGCCGAAAUGGUCGAUUCACCAUCGUACCAAGACCGCGAGCAAAUAGAAAUCAGUUCCUCAAUAGGAUCGGCCGAUCCACAGAGAUGAGUAGAAAUGACGCAGAGGUAAUCAGACGGAUGUAUAGCUGUCCUUCAUCUCCAAACACAAGCCAGUCGUCCUGCUCGGGAUAUCCGUACAGAUUUCCAUAGGAGUAACCGUGGGAUCUUGUACAUGUAUAAAGCCUGUGCUUAUGUGGUUAUGUUAAUUAAACUAUACAACUUUUGUUUAGUGUUUCAUUUAUGACAAUACGGCACAGAUUGCAUGUGUCUAUUUUUGUCUAUCCUUAAUUGGAAAUGAAGUUACAAUUGCUCCCUAAGAUAAAAGUAUAAAACAGAAAAUA